AUGCCGCUGACCCACCUGCCGUCGCUCCAGUACCAGCACCUCGCCGUGCUACCACCGCUGCGUGCGUCGCACCAUACUGCUUAUAGCAACCAACUCAACCAGCAUUUCCCACUGCAUCAGCAAGCGCUUCUGACCGGCCCGUUGCGGCGCGGCAAAUGGACGCGAGCCGAGGAGGACUACGCCGCAGCAACAAUCUCGUACUUUUGCGACGGCCUCUUGGCCAUCCAGUACGGCACUACCCUCCGCGGGUACUUGGCACAACAGCUUCACUGCGAUCCCAUGCGGAUCUCUAAAAAGCUGCUACCUGGCUCGGUCUUCGCCGGCAUCAAGAUCAACCCCAAGAUUGGCCGACGAGCCUACUACCCGUGCGCACAGGACUCUCCUGCUGCCGCGCACUCCAAGGAGAACGCUGCUCGCCACCUCACUAAUCUGCGCCAAGCCUUUAUCCAGAGCAUUGAGGAAGAAGAACAGACACUUGAUACUAUCAGCAACGCCGCUGCAAAGAGCAGCCCCAAGACGUCCAGCCCCAAGCCCACGGCCUCUAUUGGCCGUAAACGCAGCUACGACGACAUCAAUAGUGUCGUGCGCGCUCAGCAAACCAUCCAGGCGUCCGUAGAGCUCACGGAGCCUCAGAUCUUCUACCACUUCCAGAACCCGGCCCAGCCGGUGCCGGUACUCUUCAACUCGCGGUACUCCGCAGCAGCAAAUGUUGCUGUCGCUUCAACCACGGCAACUACUUCCGUGAUGUGCAAGCUACCCAAGCUGACCAUCACGGACGAUGUGUCUCGCCGCGAGUCCUACUCGACCCAACAGCGCAGUGUAUCACCCGUGACAGUUGCCACGUCAACGGCAGUGCUGCCACCACUACGCGUCUCGCUAGUGCGAGCCUCCAGGUGCUAGAGGAAACCAAGUGUGCAUGCCGUUUUAGUAUUGAAGGAAGAUAAGUUAGCGACACGAAGUAGUGUAGUGAUGAAUUAAGUGCGUGGCAUUCAAA